CUGGCACUGAAUCAGGAGGUUCUAAAACUUGCAAGGAGCUGCAAAGCAAAACCGCGUUAAUGGGAAGGCAUUUCAUGUCUACUUGCUCCAUGUGACUCCUCUCAUCUAGUGUCUACUUUUGCAUUAAAGUCUUCAACUCUCCGGUUCUUGUCCACAGUUCUUUAUAUAUUUAUAUAUAUGCAUAUAUAAAUAUACUUUCUCUCUCCCUUACACUCACUCUGACUGUCUUACUUAAAAUCUCCUCAGUCAUUAGAUCCAAGCCACUCUCUAUCUACCUAGCUAACUUUGAAGCAUCCUUAAUUUGGAUCUUCAAAGCUAUUCCUAGAUUUCACAAAAUGAUCAUCAACUCAUCUUUCAUGUACUUCUUCAGUUUCAGAACAGUACUUCUUUUGUUUCUUUUCUCUACUUCUAUUCUUGUUGUGUCUGUCUCUUCUGAUGAAUUCCAUCAGCAGCAGCAGCAGCAGCUUCAGAAUAAGCAAUUUCUUGGUGGCAGAAGAUCACUGUUUGAGAUUGAUGAAUUUGAGCAGCCCCAGUCCCAGAAGCCAAAAAAGAAAAGCACUUCUUCUUCUUCUUCUUCAUCAUCUUCCACCAAGAAUCAAACCAAACUUAUUAAACCUAGCUUAUCUACAAAACCCAAAAACCAAACCAAACUCAUCAAGACUAACAUUUCUUCCAAGAACCAAACCAUCAAGCUUCAGAAAUUGAAAUCUUCAAAUUCCACAAAGCCAACUCUCACCAAUUCAUCAAAAUCUGACCUCAAAAAGCUGAACUCACCCACUUCAAAGCCAUUGAAAACCUCAGAUCCACUCAAAAACAAAACAAAAAUUCCCACAAAACAAACACAAACCCUUCUAGAAAAGAAAGAAACAACAAAACCAAAACCAAAACCAAAACAAGAAAAACAAAUCCCCAAACAGAAACAGAAACAACCCAGUUGGCUCGAGGAUGAAGACGACGAUUUGGUAUCAGAAUUCAGAGACCUCCCCACCAAAUUUCAACGGACUUUAUUGCCAGACCUCGAGAGAAUCUCAACGACCUCAAAAGCUUACUUGGACAAGUACAACAAAGAAAUCACAAAAGGGUUUAAGCCCUUUGUUGGUCACAAAUACGCUUCCACGAUUGCUUCCAUAUGCUCUUUUCUUUUCAUUUUAGUCCCUCUGGUUUUAGUUUCUCUUAUUUUCAACCGCAUCAAGGCUUAUUUUUCUAUCCAAAAGAUCCUCAUUUUCAUCCAAGUUUACCUCGCAAUCUACUUCUCGAUCCUUUGCCUAUCGGCUCUGGUCACGGGCCUGGAGCCGCUGAAGUUUUUCUACGCUACAUCGCAGUCCACGUAUGUGUGUUUACAGGUUCUUCAAACGCUCGGCUACGUGUUGUACUUAUUGCUGCUUCUGAUGUAUUUGAUUCUCGUGUUUUCGACCGAUUGUGGGCUGGGCUCGAGGAUGUUGGGCCUGGCCCAAACGUUUGUGGGCUAUGCGGUUGGGCUUCAUUACUACGUGGCGGUGUUUCAUAGGGUGGUGCUUCAUCAACCGCCCAAGACGAAUUGGAAGAUUCAUGGGGUUUAUGCCACGUGUUUCCUUGUGAUUUGUUUGUUCGCUACGGCGGAGAGGAGGAAGAAGGCUUACUUAGAAGAAGGUGGUGAAGAGGGCAAGAAAAGCUAAGUUUUUAAUGUUAAUUAAAUUUCAAUUAAUUGAUUAAUUAGUUGGAUUAAAUUGCAUAAUGUAUAAUCUUAGCCAAUCAAAAGAGAGAAAAAAAAUUGUAAUAAUUAAUUUGAUUGGCUGAGAAAAUACAAAUAUUUUUCUUUAUCAUCCGCCUUUUUAUAAUUUUU